AUGGUCGCCGCAAAGAAGCACGUUCCUAUCGUGAAGAAGCGCACGAAGCUCUUCAACCGCCACCAGAGCGACCGCUUUAUGCGCGUUGAUCGAUCAUGGCGCAAGCCCAAGGGUAUCGACAACCGCGUCCGCCGUCGCUUCAGGGGUAACACUGCUAUGCCCUCGAUCGGCUUCGGCUCCAACAAGAAGACCAAGUACAUGAUGCCCUCCGGCCACAAGGCCUUCCUUGUCAGCAACGUCAACGACGUCAACCUCCUGCUGAUGCACAACCGCACCUACGCUGCCGAGAUCGCCCACAACGUCUCCUCGAGAAAGCGUAUCGACAUCAUCGGCCGCGCCAAGCAGCUCGGCGUCAAGGUCACGAACCCCAAGGCCAAGGUCACCACCGAGGUCUAA